AUGGACUCUCCUAGGGUCCUGCUCUUGGCGAUCUUCCUCAUCAGCUUCUUCUGGGAUUUGCCGGGUUUCCAACAGGCUUCCAUCCCCUCGUCCUCCUCCACCAAACUGGACUCCACCAAGGACGUGAGGAGCCGCAAAGAAGGGAAGAUGCCGAGGACACCACAAGAGAGUGCGGAGGGACAGACGCCCCAGGAGCACCAGCCGAGGCAGAGCGAACUCCGGCUGCCGCCGCAGGCACAGUCUCAAGGGCAGGAGCCUCCGGGCAGGGGCCCGCGCGUGGUGCCCCACGAGUACAUGCUGUCAAUCUACAGGACUUACUCCAUUGCCGAGAAGUUGGGCAUCAAUGCCAGCUUUUUCCAGUCUUCCAAGUCAGCUAAUACGAUCACUAGCUUUGUAGACAGAGGACUGGACGAUCUCUCGCACACUCCUCUCCGGAGACAGAAGUAUUUGUUUGAUGUGUCCACGCUCUCAGACAAAGAAGAGCUGGUGGGCGCAGAGCUGAGGCUUUAUCGCCAGGUACCCCCAGCGCCCUCAGGGCCACCAACCCGACCGCUGCACGUGCAGCUCUUUCCCUGUCUGUCCCCUCUGUUGUUGGACGCCAGGACCCUGGAUCUUCAGGAGCCAACUCAGACGGGCUGGGAAGUCUUCGACGUGUGGCAGGGCCUGCGCCCUCAGCCGUGGAAGCAGCUGUGCUUGGAGUUGCGGGCAGCCUGGGGCGAGUUGGACGCUGGGGAUACCGAGGCACGAGCGAGUGGUCCCCAGCAGCCACCGCCUCCGGACCUGCGGAGUCUGGGCUUCGGACGGAGAAUGCGGCCGCCCCAAGAGCGCGCCCUGCUCGUGGUGUUCACCAGAUCCCAGCGCAAGAACCUGUUCGCCGAGAUGCGAGAGCAGCUCGGCUCUGCCGAGGCAGCGGGAACCGAGGGGUCAUGGCCAGCGCCGUCGGGUGCCCCAGACGCCGGGCCUUGGCUGCCCUCGCCCGGCCGCCGGCGGCGACGCACCGCUUUCGCCAGCCGCCACGGCAAGCGACACGGCAAGAAGUCCAGGCUGCGCUGCAGCAGAAAGCCCUUGCACGUGAAUUUCAAGGAAUUAGGCUGGGACGACUGGAUUAUCGCGCCCCUAGAGUACGAGGCCUAUCACUGCGAGGGCGUGUGCGACUUUCCGCUGCGUUCGCAUCUGGAGCCCACCAACCACGCUAUCAUCCAGACGCUGAUGAACUCCAUGGACCCGGGCUCCACCCCGCCCAGCUGCUGCGUUCCUACCAAAUUGACUCCCAUUAGCAUCCUGUACAUCGACUCGGGCAAUAAUGUGGUCUACAAGCAGUACGAGGACAUGGUGGUGGAGUCCUGCGGCUGCAGGUAG